AUGUCUCUACUGUCUAACGUUACUCCGGCGCUUCUUCUUCUCGUCUUCGCUUUAGGAACAUGUGUUUACAUCAGCUUUAUCUCCAGCAAUGACACCAAACUGCUUAGUUCAGACAAUGCCACGCAAAGUAAAACCACAGGACACUCUAGGUUUAUCAUUACAGGUCAGACAAAAGCACAACAUAGCGUAGAGGAGACUGGAAAAGUAACUACCACCUCCUGGGAUGAUAAGUGCGCUUUGGCCCCUGAGAGUCGCUUUGACUGCGGCAGAGACCGGCUCCUCAGUCAGGGCGAGUGUGAAGAGAGGGGCUGCUGCUAUGCCCCUCUGCCAGACUCUGAAGGACCACCUUGGUGUUUCUAUCCCAGUUCUUACCCCGGAUAUAAAAUGGGUCCCUUCACUCCUACCCCACGGGGUCAGGCUGCCACUCUGACCCGGGCCACCCCAUCCUACCUCCCCAAAGACAUCUCCACUUUAAGGCUGGAAGUCAUGCAAGAGACUGCAGGCUGCCUACACCUCACUGUAAGUAACAAAUAAUCUUAUUAAUAUGUAUACUUUUAAAUAGUAUAUAAAUGAUGUCUGUAUUUGAUAAAGAAAUAACACCAUCUUUCACUUAAGGGGAGACUGGGGUAAGUUGAGCCACCUCCUGUUGCUUGGAAAUGGUCAAAGAAAUUGAUCAUGUGACCAAAUAUUUAGGAGAUGGGCAUCAAUUCAUGGAGUCUGUGAGGGUUAGAAGCACAUGAGUGAAGGGGUUAGACAUUUAUUUACAAAAAAAACAAACAUUUUUCACUCUUGAAAGUGAAUUUAGUCUGUCAUCAGUCUGAUUAGAAUUGUGUUCAGACCAAAAAAGAUCAUUUAAAAAAUUUUUUAUACAUCAAUUGUGGUAUCUAUGAGCUACAACAUGAGGUCAAAAACCUCACAUAAAAGUCCACCAUUUUAGUUUAGAGGACUAAUAAAGUCAUUAUAGUAGUUCUGGGGUAACUGAGAAAGUAAAGGAGUCUGAUGAGAGGAUCAGAGUUUCAGGUCAGAUUGUUGAAAUGUUUUUACUUUUUCUUUUCUAAAAUACAGCUGUGAAUGUUCUGAAUCACUUAAAGACAUUCUCAUGUUAAAAUGAAUUUUUUUACAAAACAGCUUUUUAGCAGUUAAAUGCAAUAAUAAUAAAAAGAAUUAAUGUACCAGUUGAAUAGUGUAUAAUAGAUAAAAAUACACAUGAAUGUGAAGAAGUGACUGUUAAGGGAGAGAGGAGUUACCCCAUACAUACACGGGGUAAGUUGACCAUAGGAGACCACUUUCUUUGGCAUAUUAUCUAUAUUAGUUCUGUUUACACUCAUUCUGUUGGUUUGCAGGGAUGAACAACAUCUUGAAAUAUAUGCAGAUUCACUAGUUAGAGACAAAACUAUGAUUGACUUGAUGUAGUGAUCUGAAAUAUGAAAAAUGGCUCAUCUUACCCCACUCUCCCCUAUAUCAGAUUUCUCAAUAGUCUGGGUAAUCUGAUAUUUCUCCUCUCGUUGGAUUUUUAAUGGAUCUCACAGAGCCGAUAGCUACAAAUUCUGUCAAACCAACUGUUUAAAACCCCAAUCCUCGUGUUUGACAAGCUGUUUCCCCUUCUCAGAUAAAGGACCCAUCAUCGCAGCGAUAUGAAGUCAAGCUCCCAGCUGAUGUCCCUCGAAACAGAUCCAACACCCAGGACGCCCUCUACACCACAGAGUAUCAGAGUGAACCAUUUGGCUUCAUCGUGCGACGAAAAUCCAACGGCAAAGUGAUGUGAGUAGAUCAGCUUGUGCUUCACCGUACUGCUGUUAUUAAAAUUUCCACCGGCAGUGUGAUUUCUCCUUCACACACUUUAGGAACAUAGUCAUUCAUUAUAAUCAUAAGUUAUCUUCUUAAACAGGGAUGAAAUAUAAUGAAGAUAUCCUAAUCAUGUCUGUGUAUUCUCUGUGUCCUGCCUAUCCAGUAUGAACACCACAGUCGCCCCGCUGCUGUUUGCUGACCAGUACCUACAGCUGUCCACCGCACUGGCCUCCUCCUUUGUGUCUGGCCUGGGGGAGCAUUACUCCACCCUCCUCCUGGACCUGAACUGGACUUCUCUGACUCUGUGGAACCAAGACACAGCGCCUCAUGUGAGUCACUCAGAUCCCUUCUCUAACUCUUCAGACCUUUAAAAGAUCAGCUAAAAACAACUUAAGAGACUUAAUAUGAGAAAGGAGGUCUUUCUUAUGCUGGACUGCUGACGGUGCAGAGACAUAUAGGCUUGCACAAGGAAGGUUACGAUGUCUCUAAAGUGAGUGGUUUCAAAUGACGCUCAAAAAGUGAAGCAUUUUGCAUUUCCUAUCUUUUUUAGGGGUGAAAAUGGACCAGAAUCUCAGUUGGAAACCCAGAAUAAACUAUGUUAGGUCAAAGCUCGCUAGAAGUAUUGGCAUUUUGGGUAGGACAAAAAACAUCUUAAACCAUAAAACUUUAAACUCAUUAUACAAUACGCUUAUAUUACUAUAUCUGACUUAUUGCAUAGAAGUCUGCGGUAAUACGUACAAAAUGAAUUUACAACCUAAAUAUAUUUUGCAAAAAAGAGCAAUAAGGAUUGUUAACAAGGUAGGAUUCUUCCUUCAUACUAAUGAACUGUUUCUGAAAUUAGGAGUAUUAAAAUUAACUGAUCUAGUGGAAUUUAGAACUGCACAGAUAAUGUACAAAGCCAGUAACAAUCUACUCCCUAAUGAUAUACAGAAAAUGUUUGGUGGAAGAGAGGCGAGGUAUGUAUUAAGAGGGGAAUGAAAUUUAAAACAACCAGGCGUUUGUACCACACUAAAAAUCACGUGUCUUUCUGUUGUGGAGGUGAAGCUGUGGAACAACUUGAGAAAAGCAAAACAAAAGCACAGUUUUAAAGUAAAUUAAAGUAUGAUUGAAAAAUACUUACAAAGUGAUUUUCGUGUUGCCACACUUAUUGUAUAUGGGUAUGGUACAAAUGAGAGAUGUGACGUAUUCUAGAUAUAUAUAUAUAAAGUGCAUAUUUGUAUAUAGGUAUGGAUGUAUAUAUGUAUAUGUAAGGUCUUUGUUUCAGUAUUAAUAUUAGUUACAUAUUUAUGUUAGACUUUGGAGCUUUGGUGACUUUUUGGCAGCAUCAGAAAUUCUAAAUUCUAGACUUGUUAAGGGUAAAUGAAUAGGAAGAAAUGAGGGAAGGUACAUAGAAGCUAAAUAGCUUCAACCUACUCCUUUUCGAUCUCCAAAAAAUAGGAAAUUUCUUGUCCUAAAUUGUCACAUCUCAAUCUCAAUCUCUUUGCUGUUUUGUCUUUGAAGCGUCUGCUCACCCGUCUUUCUCUCCAGGCUGACGCUAACCUUUAUGGCUCCCACCCGUUCUACAUCGUGCAAGAGGAGGACGGCUUAGCACACGGCGUUUUCCUUCUCAACAGCAACGCGAUGGGUACAAAACUAUGAACGACGACACACACUGAAUCUCAUUUCUAUUUUUGUCAAGUCUGCAUUUCUUUAAUAACUUUGAAGCAUAAUUAAAGUUUAAGCUGAGGUGUGUCUUCAUUGUGUCUCUUUGGAGAGGUGGUGCUGCAGCCCACCCCCGCUCUCACCUGGGUGGCUAUCGGUGGAAUCCUGGACCUGUAUGUGUUCUUGGGUCCUGACCCUCAGAGUGUUGUGAGACAGUACCUCCAGGUCAUCGGUAUGUAUUUCCAGGGUUCAAGGAUCCUCCAGUCGCAUGUCUCGGAGGUCGUAAGAGUACACACCGGCAGGAAACAUGUAUUUAUUCAUCCUCAGGUUAUCCCAUGAUGCCUCCAUACUGGUCACUGGGCUUUCAUUUGUGUCGCUGGGGUUACACGACUGCUAACACAACCCGGCGUGUGGCACAGCGAAUGCUCAAUGCGAACUUUCCCAUGGUAAUGAAGUACUCACAAAUUCUUUAAAAAAUGAAGUAAUAAUUCAAAGUUACGGGACAUUUUUACUCAAAAUUUACACGUUUUAUGUAAAAAAUUCUUACUUGAAAUUGUCAGUAUUUAUUUGCACCCAUUUUAAAUGCCUGUGUGUCCAAUCAGCAUACGAAAAUACUUGAGAUACUUCAACAAAAGAAACAGCAAAGUCCUCUAGGAUUAUAUAUAUGUCUUAUUUUUAACCACCAGGAUGUCCAGUGGAAUGAUCUGGACUACGCAGAGAAACGCAGAGUCUUCACCUUCGACCGCUGGCGGUUCACAGACCUCCCGAAGAUGGUGGAGGAGUUCCACAACAGAGGCCUAAAGUACAUCCUCAUCCUGGUGCGACAUCGUAAAGUAUACAAGAAUACAUGAGAGGAUUUUAUAUUUGGAAUAAUUCACACGCAUGAGGAAAGAGCUCAUUAUUUACAUCAGUUUUAGUACAAGAGUUCAUUUACAGUGUUUCCCCAGCAGAUGGCAGUAAAACUGUUUUAACUUCUUUUGGUCCUGUUCUCCUGGUUCCUGUAUUAGGACCCUGGAAUCAGCAGCACGAGCCCCCCAGGAUCUUACCCACCCUUUGAUGAUGGACUGAAACGAGACGUCUUCAUUAAAAAUGCUACAGGACACAUCCUGAUCGGACAGGUUAGUUUUUUUUAAAGGAUGAAUCCGUGCUUUUCUGUCCCACUGUGGAGCAAGUUUGUUACAUGUGCGUCUUUAAUUGACGUGCAGGUUUGGCCGGGCCCAACAGCCUUCCCCGACUUCACCAACCCGGAGACCAGAGUGUGGUGGGAGGACUGCAUCAGGGGUUUUCUCUCUAAAGUUCCUGUGGAUGGUUUGUGGAUUGUGAGCAUCUAAAAACACACACAGACCAACAUUUGUUUAGACUAGACGAAUAAGAGAUCUACACAUGACUCUGUGUUUGUGUGCUCAGUCCGCUCUCACCCUGGAAUCAAAUAUAAAACAAGAUAUCCCGUUUGUUUUCUUUCAACAACGCUCCAUCCAGGAUAUGAACGAACCUUCCAGUUUUGUGCAGGGCUCCGAGGAAGGCUGUCCUGACAGUGACCUGGAGAACCCGCCCUACACACCCAGUAGGUCUACCAGUCCACUGUUGCGAUAUAUCGUCAUUUAAAGGCAUACAGACGUAAUUUAUUUCACAAAAAGGUGGCAUAAGUGCAAAUUUUCUUUUCUCUUGGAUGUAUACUAAUGCAAAAUAAGGCUGGGCACUGGUUUAAAAUCUCUGAAAUGUAGUUAGAAAGGUAAGAAGAAGCCCUCUGCUGGAUGUUUCUGCGCAGAGUUAACUUUACAUCACCUCAUAUUCCAUCUUCAAACAGCUCAAAGGACGCACGCUGAAAACAAAAACCACUAAGCUGUUCUUCUCUAAAACCCAGAGUCUCAAGUCUCAAGUCUCAAGUCAAGUCCAAGUCCUGAACUUUUUGUUUCGAGUCCCAACCAAGUCCUUACCAUUUCUUUCAAGUCAAAAACAAGUCAUAUCAAAGCCAUGAACCAUUUGUUAAAGAUUUACAUAAAUCAUGAGCAUUUUUCACUGUUUGCAUUUAUUAUUGAACAAGCGUUCUUGUUUGUGUGAAGUUACAUAGUGCAGCUUUAACCAAACUAUUUUACAUGUCAUACAAAAAAUAAUCAGAUAAACUUCAAGAAUUGGAAACUUAAAUAAGGAAGACUCAAAUACAAUUAAACAUUAAACUGAUACUCUAAUUCACUGUUCCAAAACAAAACAAGAGAGACACAAGGAAACACGUGGAAACAGGCGGGCAAUACAAGCGAGCGAUUUAUGUUCAGUCCUCCCAGUGUUGUCGUUAUGAGGGAGGCUAGAGUUUGAGACAGUGUUGCCAAGUUUUGUGAGAGAAAUAAGGAAACAGACCUCCAGAGACAAGACAAAAACAAGCGAAUUUUUUUACGGGAAAUAAGCAGACUUGGCAACACAACACGGUGUUACCAACGGCCGCAAUUCCUGACUAUUAGUUGAUGCGACACUUUUUAAACAGUUUGGACUUGCUGUAAGGUAAUAAAUGACUUGAAAAGACUUGACUUGAUUUUUCAAGUCACUUGGCUCAAGUCAAGUCAAGUCAAGUCUCAAGUCUUUAGCAAUCAAGUCCCAAGCGAGUCCAAGUCAUUUCUUGAUUUCAUCAAGCAAGUCAAAAACGGGACUCAAGUCCAAGUCGAGUCUCGAGUCGAGUCGUCAAGCCCCCACCUCUGCUAAAACCCCUCACACAUUCAUAAACACUUAAAAGACCUGACAGAUGAUAUAUAAAAGAUCUGAUCCAUUAAACUGUCACCCGUGUGUCUCUGAUGGUCAUACUUACAGGGGUCAUCGGAGGCCAGCUGAACUCCAAAACUCUUUGCAUGUCCGCUCAGCAGAAAGUUUCCACUCAUUACAACCUGCACAACAUGUACGGACUGACAGAAGCUCACGCCACUCACAGGUCAGAUUCAGUUUGUAGAGCUAAUACUGCAGAGGGAUGACUGUCCUUCAAAGCUGAUUUUUAUUGAUUGUUGUUGAUCACAUCCUCAGUGCGCUCGUAAAGGUUCGGGGGAGAAGACCCUUCGUCCUGUCUCGCUCCUCCUUCCCUGGCAUCGGACGCUACUCUGGUGUUUGGACAGGAGACGUCUCGAGUAACUGGGAGCAGCUUCGAUUCUCCAUCCCCAGUGAGCAGAUGUGAUUUCUCAUAACUCAUCACAGAUAUUUCUCACUUAUUCGAGUUUAUUUCACUCAAACAGCGUCUCACCGUUGAUCAUUUGAGAGCUGCACAUUGACCUUUUGCACCUGCUUCUCUCCAGCCGUGCUGCAGUUCAGUCUGUUCGGGGUGCCUCUGGUGGGGGCGGACAUCUGCGGCUUUGAAGGCAACACCACUGAGGAGCUGUGUGUACGAUGGAUGCAGCUCGGGGCCUUUUAUCCAUUUAUGAGGAACCACAACGACAGAGAGAACGCUGUAAGACAAGGACACCGUUUACUCCUAUUUUAGCAGCCCGGCCUGUUUGCUGUAUCCACAGUUUUAAGCGUGGCCCGUCUGUUUCAUGUAUUAUGAAUAGAGGUAACACUAUAUCUUCUCAUUGUGCGUUUGUGUCCCUGUUUCUUUACCCCUCAGCCUCAGGAGCCUUAUGUGUUCGGACAGAAGGCUCAGGCAGCCAUGCGGAGCGCGUUGAACCUCCGCUACUCCGUCCUCCCGUUCCUCUACACGCUCUUCUAUCACGCACACUCCUCUGCCCACACCGUGGCCAGGCCUCUCUUCAUGGAGUAUGCGUCCUCUUAUCUCUGUCCUCUUUUACCCUCUUGAAAGGAAAUACUAAACACCACGUACUCCUCUGUGUGUAUUUCCAUCUGUCGUAGGUUUCCCACUGAUCCUAACAGUCGGAGUUUAGACCGCCAGUUCCUGUGGGGGAGUUCACUCCUCAUUAGCCCAGUUUUAGAGCAAGGGGCAGUAGAGCUCUCCGCUUACCUGCCCCCUGGCACUUGGUACAGCCUACAUGAUGUGAGUCACUCCGCUUUAUUCUGCGUUCUGUCUCCCAUAGUAAACCAACAUGUUUGAAUCUCCCUGUGUCACUCUUCCCACUGAGGUCUGUUUCCCCUUUUUUUUAGGGUCAGCCUUUCUACAGUAGGGGGCAGUUUCUGCUUCUGCCAGCUCCUCUGGACACCAUCAACCUUCAUGUGAGGGAUGGACACAUCAUCCCCCAGCAGGUAGGCAGAUAGGAGGCAAAGUGUACCAGGUAGAUUUUUAAUAAAAUAUUUGAGGAUUCGAAAGCAGAAAAUUUGAUGUCAUAAAAGGUGAGAAGGUAAAGUUUGUUUCUGCAUUUUUCUCCACAUGCAGCCAAUAAAAUGAUUCAGCCUCAUCUACUGUAAACAGUCUCCUCAUUAAAGGAGCAGAACUAAUCAGCAUCUUGUAACUCAUACACCCCCUACAUUAAAAAUGCCGAAAUAUCCCUUUAAAGUUGAAGAGGAGAGAGUUCAGUUUGUUUCUGUCUCCUGAACCUGUCGUUGUUUUUCUGUGAAGGAGCCUGAUUUGACCACCGCAGCCUCGCGCAUGAACCCUUUCUUCCUGACGGUGGCGCUGUCAGCGGGUGGCUGGGCCAACGGCGACUUGUUCUGGGAUGACGGGGAGAGUCUUGACACCUUUGAGAUGGGGAAUUAUUGUUAUGUUAUCUUCAUCGCUGGACAGGUAAAGCUGAGGUGGAGAUGUUUCAAAAAUUAAUUAUCUUUUGGUCAAAUUAAAUGAGUGUUUGUGGAAAAAUUACAUCUGAGUCCCAAAAACUUGAACGUCUGGUUCAGUCUCAGGUGGUGAGUGAUCCUGUCAGGCUGAAUGGAGCCCUGGACGGUCUGAUUCUGGGAGGGCUGCGGGUGUUUGGCGUGCCCUCACCGCCUUUGUAUGUACUCGCCAACGGGCACAAAGUCAGUGAUGUCACUUAUCGCCCUGACAACAAGGUGAGUUUAGCAGCUAAGGACUAUUAAUGAGAGUUUUAUUAUCUUGAUUAAAACACACUUAAAGAUGGGGUAAGCAGGAUUCUGUUAAAGAAGCGUCUUUUUUGUGGUGUAUUUACAAAAGAACCUUUAAUAUCAGUCAAUAGUUAUUAGUUAUUGAUGACAUUUGGGAGGAUAACGAUCAAGGUUUCUCCCAAAACUGACACUUCCUCAGAUCCUGACUACCCCACCUUUAAACUGUAAUGACUUCAGGUGAAAAGUUUCUAAUUUAUACUCAGACAAACUUCAUUUAAAGUGUCAGUGUUUUGUUUUCACCAUUUCCAUGUCAUUGCGUUCCUUUCUCCUUCGUGCUUUGAAUUAUGGGUAAUUCCCCAUGUGGAAAGGGUGCGUAAAGGGCUCACAAAGUGUGGCAAAGAUCCUUGUGGACUUAGUGGGAGCAUCAAAAGAUGAUUAUUUUGCCUCUUGAUAUAAUUUUUCUGUCGUAAUCGGGGAAUAAAAGGGUUAAAUCCUGUUUUUAAUCAGGAAUUUCUCAACUCAGAGGACGGGAAACGCUGGGAGGACUUAGAGUGUAGCUUUAAAGAAGAGGAAUAGGAAGUGCUUAAUGGUAGUCCUUCAACACUCGACGUAUAAUAACACAUAUAACCUCGUUCUGUUGAGUGUACUGUACCCCUGAAGGGCUGAGCAGAGUAAAGUCUGACAGUUCUUCCUGAGGUGUAAACAGGAGUAGGAACUCUGGUACUUUGGGCCAGCCCACUUCUGGCUUUGCUGAAUGGCAUCACUGACCCAGGAAGAACUCUUUUGGGCGACACCUUAUAUGAAUAUCAAUAAAGAAACCUAAAUUUAUCAGAAUUGACCUUUUAACAGCUAACAAACAUGUCUUCAAGCAGUGGAAGGAAGAACGAACACCUAAAUCAGAUCUGCUGUCUACGAAAACCCACGACUGUUCUCGUACCGUCUUUCUCACCCCGCAGGUUCUUACUGUGAGCGGCCUGGCCUUGCCCAUGACGAAGGCGUUCACUGUCCAGUGGGCGCUCUGA